GUCGUGGUCAAACUUCCCAAAGCCUGCGGUCCUGGCAUCCUCUUGAACUAGUUUUCCAGUCCAUAUAUCAACGUGCGACGUCCAUUCUAGUUAACUCAGACAGGCAAGAUUAGAACGUGGAGAAGGACUAUCAGCGAUCUCGGCGACUACUCAUAUAUAUAAAGUCCCCGACAACUUCCCAUCGGGCCAUGCAGCGAGGUCAUGGGAGACCAGCACCUCCCUCCGCCAUUUACAUAUGGCUAUCCCAGUCAGCCAGCUAAUGUCGAGGAAAUGAAGGCCCUUGUCGAUCAGAAUUCAGGCCGAGAUGCACUGGACAACAUCGGCCCUGUUUCACUGCAGAAGACGAGGAAGCCGCUUGGCCACCCACCCACGCAACUUGGACAAGUUAAAUCCCAGCCACGAUCUCGUACAGAUCCUGUUGCGCCUCCUUGAAUGGGACCACAACAAGCGAAUCACCGCUUCUGAGCUAGCAUCGUAGCUAAGGUGAUUAGGAUAGCUCUCCUGCCCUGGCAAUAGUGGCGAUAGUGCCUCGUCCGGCCAAGACAGGGACGAUGAGGCUAC